UGACGCACGCCUGCAAUCCCAGCAUUCGGGAGGGCUUGGACGAUAGCGAGAUCCAAGCCAGCCCGGGUCAAACAGCGAGACACCGACUCAAAAAUAACACGUAAAUAAAAGGAGGUUCGACAGGUAUCCAGCGUCAUCUUUAGUUCGGGAGAGGGAAGUCCAGAAAACUUAGUCUAGCUACACCCUUCUUGGUCAAAAGUGAGGGACGGGACCGAAGCGCGGCUUCAAGUUUUUCCCCUCUCCAAAAUGUCCUCCACGGCCGGAAGAAGGGGAGAGCCUGGCCACGCCUCUUCCGCUCUGUGAGGCCAGCCAAUUAGAGCAGCCGUUAAGCUUGCGCAACGCCUCCCCCGGCCCAGCUAGCCGCCCCAGCACCGCGACCUCUUUAGCACCUGUUGCCAUGACUCCUCCUCCGUCUCCCCCGCCCGCUCGCAGGAGGCGGGUUGGGGCGGGCUCUCGCUGAGACUCCGCCCCCUCAGCCUUUGCGGGACUCGGCCUCUAGGUGCUUCACCCUAGGCUGGCAGAGCCAGGGAAGGGCGCCCUAGGGCAGAAGCGGACGCCCAGCGCUUUAGAGAGAAAGGGACGAGCCGUCCUUCCUUGUCAGCCCGGAACGCGGACGCAGCGGCGUUCCCACCCUGCUGCCGUCGAUCCCUAGGCCGCCGAGAUGGCAGCUGCCGGCGCCCGAGGCCUGCGGGCCACCUACCACCGACUCAUGGAUAAAGUGGAGUUGUUGCUGCCGAAGAAAUUGAGGCCGCUCUAUAACCACCCGGCAGGCCCCAGAACAGUUUUUUUCUGGGCUCCAAUAAUGAAAUGGGGGUUGGUAAUCGCUGGUUUAGCUGACAUGGCCAGACCUGCAGAGAAACUCAGCACAGCUCAAUCCACUGUGCUGAUGGCUACAGGGUUUAUUUGGUCAAGAUACUCACUUGUAAUUAUACCAAAAAAUUGGAGUUUGUUCGCUGUUAAUUUCUUUGUGGGGUCAGCAGGAGCCUCUCAGCUGUUUCGGAUUUGGAGAUAUAAUCAAGAACUCAAAUCUAAAGGAAUCCAGUAAGAGAGUUCCUGGUCACCUGAAUAUUCUAGAUGUGGACAGAAACAUUGGAACCUAGUGUAUUUGAUUAUUGAUAGUAAGGUGACGCUAACUCUUCUGAUAACAUGGAAAAGAAUGAAAACAAAAUAUAACUGUAAUUAAUAGCUAGCACUUGACUUCACAAAAAAUAAAGCAAACUUUUAGUAACA